UCUACAGCCUCUUGCGAACGACCCGAUUGCCCAGGAUUUCGAUCCCGACUCUGUGCGUCGUCGCCUACCCGCUAGGCCGACACGAACAGGGCGACCGUCGAUUUGAGCUGCUCCUCCCAAGUGUCGCCCCGUCGUCAUGGAAGAAAACCGUGACACGCCGAUGGAGUCGAUGGAGCACGAGACGAACAGGGAGAGAGAUGGAGAGUGCGAACGCAAGUCGUCCGUGCAGGAAGCUCUCUCGCGCAAGUUGUCGAACCGUAUGAACACACGAGAGAUGUACGAACGCGGCAUCAUGAGAGUGCCGGCCGAGAUGACGAUGUCGCCUCAACUACACGCCAGACGGACGGAGCUGGAACGUGCUAAGGCAGCAGACGUGCUCAAGCGAAAAAUAAACUCGCGCCCCGACAAGACUGAUCUGAUUCGUGGAAAUAUUCUGAAAGACACGUCUGCGCAUGCGUCGCUGCAAGAUGCACAGAUGCAGUUGAAACGUCGGCAGAUUGAAGACGAUUUGAAUGAGCGGAUGUUCAACCGACCUGGACCUCUGGAGCUGGUUGAGAAACAUAUUCUCGAGGACAGUGAAAUGAUGGAAAUGCUUCGGUCUGGCGAUGUUUCGUAUAGGAAGACGAGUGACACAACACAGAGACGGAGAUCAUCUAUUCUCAAUCCUCUGGAAAGAAUGGCUUUGGAUGCAGCUAAUAUUCCUGAAGAAGAUACCUCACUUCCAGUAGACGGUGGAGAAGGAAUGGAUUAUAAUGUGGAGACACGUGUGGAUGUCAAGACAGAAAACUCUGUCUCUCCAGCUAGAAGGAGACGCAAGGGGAUUGUGGAACCUCCAGUUGACCUGUCAUUGCUGACAACCCAUUUUUCCACUGAUUUCAUAAGCAGUUCUGAUAACAUAGUUUCUACUGCUGCUGAUGUUAGUGUUGAAGAAAAGAUGACAGCAAAGUCUCUUCAAGACAGUAGCAUGCCUGUUGUUAAUGCCAACCAAAUGGAUUCAUCAGUCAACAUGAAUGGUGAUGGAAUGAGUUUUUUCAUGUCAGAUGAAUUUCAUCUUAAUUCUUCUAAUUUCAUGAAUCCAAUUUCACCAGGACUAAGUGAUGCAAGAAGUUCAUCGUUAUCAAAUAUUUCAAGUCCUUCAUUGAUGGAUCUCCCCAGUCCCGGACAGACCAACUUGAUGUCUCCCAAGUUGACAAAUUUUGUCUCUAAAGUUACAGGAGAACAUCUCGAUGAAGAUCCUAUGGAAAAGGCAAUUGUGGAGAACACAAAUGCAAAGUCACCAGCAAUGUCAGUUUCUUCCCAAGAUUUGUCAAAACCAUCAACUCCAGCAACCCCUGAAGUUGUUGAAGUGUCACAAGGACCUGCUGUGCUCACAGUUAGAGAAGAGACUGGAAAAAAGAAGGAAACGUAUCGAAGUGGUAAAGGUGGGGCAUCCCCAAGACCAGGUAAGCGACGUCGAAAUAAGAAACCACUACAAUGGAAAAUGCAUUACUAUAAUCCUCCCAGUCAGAACCCAGCAUCGUUCUCUCAGGAAAAACCUACUACCACUUCUGUCCCUAACUCACCGUAUCAAAUUCUUAUUCAACAACAGCAGAUUUACAUGCACCUUCAGCUUAUGUUUCAGCAGAUGCAACAGACAGCUGCUGCAGCAGGAGUUCAGAGUAACAUAUUGAAUAGUGCUGGGAAUCCACAACAGUUUUAUAAGGAAAAAGUAACAAGUAAACUUGUCAGUCAACCAAACCACAUACUUCCAGUAGUAACUACAUCCAGUUACUCAUCAGUCCCAGUGCCACCCCCAGCUCCUCCUCUUCCAACUUCACAGAUCACAAGUCUUCCUGCUGGUCAAAUUACUGUCCCAAGCACUAUAGUCGCUGCAAAUGCUGUUGGAAACACACACACAGUCAUUGGCCAUGUGGAAAGCACCGAUCCACUGAAAAUCCUUGAGAGUUUCACAAUGCCAAUGUUAAAGGAAGAACUAAAGAAACGAGGCCUUCCAGUAUCUGGGAACAAGAAAGAAUUAAUAAAUCGACUGAAGGAGUAUGCAGAUGUUGUGUCGCUUGCACCGGGGAUGAAGGGAAAGACUCAGCCUGUGCAGCCAAUGUCUCUAGAUCUGAGUGUUGGAAGUACUGUUCUUAGCCAAUCAUUUAGAGACAGAUCGGCAUCAUUGAGUUCUUCAUAUCGCUCUAGUCUGACAUCUUCAAGAGUAGAUGGAAGCUUAGUGAAGUCUCCUCUUGAAGAAAUGCGACAGUUGGAACAGACAGUGGGUGGAUGGUCUGGGCAGGACAGUCGAGUCACUCAAGACUGUAGAAGAGGAUCUGGACCAGCGCGUCUUGAGACGUACGCACAUGUUGAUGGUCAUAAUCAACAGAUUAAUCAAGCAAUCUAUACGGGAUCUCAACCGCUUAGUCAUCUACCAUUAGGUGUACAGCAGAGAGUCACUAAUGAGUUGUAUUCAUCUGGACCUCAAUAUGUCACUAUGGAAGGAAUAUCCACUGAUGCCAUUCCGGGUUCGGUUGUGCAAGAUUGUAAUGAUAGUGCACUAUCUCUUACAUCACCUCCACUUCCUCCUCCUCAACGCCAACCGGGACGAUUAACUAUCAUUCCAAACGGUGUAAUCACUCAUCGACCGAACUCACCGCAAUCCCCUUUGCAGUCACCUAGACCUUUAAGAAGAUAUGUAGUGGAAGUUGAGGGUCUCAAACGAGAGUAUGAUCGUCAAUCCCAGUUGCUCGAGUCCCAACCCCAUGGAACGCCUCCAACUACCUUGUUUGAUUUUGAUUCUAAUCCUUCGUCUACAGUAAAUUCACGUGAGCAGUCUCCACGAACUUUGUCCCCUGUGGCACAACUGGGUGUGUUUCCUGGUAUAAAUGGCUCUAGUUCUGUUGGAAUUCCUGUGACUGGAAUACAUGAACUUGAUCAGCUGCAGGCAAUAACUUAUGGUUCUCCAAAUCAAGGGUCACUUGUGGGGUCAAACCCGGUGAUGAUCAAUCAAGCUGCAAUGGGUAGCCCGUCCGAGCUAUACAUGGGAUUUAGUCCACAGGUGGGAGAUCAGUUGUUUGCUGGAAUCUCCCCAUGUGAGAACUCACCGGUGGGAUCAUCGUACUUGAGCCAUAUGCUGGAAGUGGAUUCAGGCAGUCUGCACAACAGUCACUUUCAAUCCAAUGGUCCUACUAUGCUGGCUGGAGGAGGUAGGUCAUCUUCACUAACGAGAACUCGCUUCCAACCUGAAGGAGGACAGACACCUGAACAGCAUCGCUCACCGCUAAUGGACUCUACAUCUGAACCAUAUCUACCUGACUUGGAUCCAAACAUGGUUCUCAGUGGUCCAUUUCUUUCGCCAAGAAAUAGUUCGGGGCCCAAAGCAGGUCUUGAUUGGCUUGACUGUGCAUCUAGUCUUCCACCAUUUGCUUGUUCAGAUAGUGGAUUAGGUAGUCAUUCUGGUGGAUCACAUGGAGGUUCAAAUUCGCUAUUGCAAGAUUCAUAUCAGCCGAUCACGCCUCAAUUUGAAUUUGAUGCUGUGGAUUCUGAGUAUCAACACCCAACUGAACUGAAGCCUUCACAUUUGCUGCCAGAUUAUUUUCCAGCAACAGGACAGGUGCCAUUUGGACAUAUGGGAUGGAGUAGUUGGCAGGGUUAGUUUAUAUCUAUUGUUUAUAGAAUGUAGGAUUAAUAGUAUGGAUUUGGAUUUGGUAUGGACUUACACUGCUUGUAGAUUGAAUUUCCCUAGCGCGCUUGCUUGAUUGCGUAAAUAAUAUUGAUUUCAAUUAAGAGUGCGCACGUUAACAUACGUUACGAAUUCUGAGCUGUAACUCUCAAACGGAUCGGAAGUGAACUACGAUAGCCAAUCAACGAGUUUCACGGGUAGCCAAUCAGGCCGUUCGAAAACAACCAAUGAGCACCG